AUGGUUUCCCUGGGGACACGAUCCACAACACUCACUAACCUCCUGAAGGGCCUUGGAUUUGACCUCAAAGUCAUCAGGGUGUGGGACAUCCACCAGGGGUUCCAGAGUGUCGUCCAAAUGCUGAGCCAGCUGAAUAGGGAGGGACAUCUGAGGCACAGGGACAUCCUCUUUAUCGAUGGCAACAGGCAGAUCACCUCGAUGUUUCUGUGGGACACAGAGGGCAUAUAUGAUGUGAAGGCCCACAUGAUUGACUUUCGAGAUGCAGAAAAAACCAAGAAGCAAAUCAACCACUUCGUGGCUGACAAAAUGCACAAGAGGACCAAGGAAUUCAUCACCUCUCUGAACCCUCACACCUUUCUGUUUCUUGUUAACUAUGUCUUCUUCAAAGGUAUUUGGGAAAUGGCUUUUCAUACACACCUCAUGUACAAGGAGAACUUCUUUGUGGACGAGCACACCACAGUGCAGGUAGACAUGAUGUGGAAGACAGAACAAAUGAUCUAUAGCCGAUCGGAGGAGCUGUUUGCUACAAUGGUCAAAAUCCCUUACAUUGGAAACAUGUCCAUAGUCCUUAUGCUCCCAGAUGUAGGAAAGCCCGACCCUGCUAUAAAAGACAUGAUUGUUCAAAAAGCUACACUUCUGAAAUCCAGUGACAUGAGGAAUGGGAGCCAGCUUCCCCCCACCUGCCGUCAGCCGUGGAGGGAGCUGGCCUCCUUGCCCCGGGCCGCACUGGGCCGGCUGGGCAUGCGCCCUGACUUGUGCUUCAGCCGGCUGAGCGAGCUCACUCCCAGAGCUGAGACGGGACCUGCUUCUCCCCAGGCGAUGCAUGAAGCCACGAUGGAGGUGAGCAAGGAGGGCAAGAUGGACGCCCUCAAGGACGUGAACUCGGAUAACGUCAUCCCCCUUCACACACAUACGGCAGCCCCCUUGGUGGUGAAAUUCAACAGACCCUUCUUCCUGCUCGUGGAGGACUGGAUGACUCAAAGAGCUCUCCUCAUGGGCAAAGUCUUCAACCCCACAGCCGAGUAG